AUGGGACAUCUUGAGGGGAUGAAGUUACUUGUGAACAAAGGUGCUGAUGCAUCACUCCUUGACACAGACGGUGACAACAUCCUUCAUUUAGCUUGUAACACUGGACUUUUGAAGGAGGUGCAUUAUGUCCUUUCACUGGACGUGGUGGACAUAAACAGUAGAGGAUGGAGACUGAAGACACCAGUGAUGAUGGCGGCGGAAGAAGGAUAUAGGGACUUGGUUGAGUUACUUAUAAAUAAAGGAGCUCAUGCGUUGCUUGUUGAUAUAGACGGGAACAACUUCCUUCACUUGGCCUGUGAGAACGGAUUUGUGGAAGUGGCGCAAUAUAUCCUGUCUCAGAACCUAGUUAACAUUGAGAUCAAGAACUCACAAGGACAGACAGCAGUCAUGAUGAUACCAGUUAGUCCAUGUCCCCCUAAUGACUGCAAUCUGACCUCCCGAUGCUUGGAAACCGGAUGUGGAAACGAUUGCGAGCAACCAACGCUGACUCCCUUACCACGAGAUGCACAAGCAGAAGACGAUCUACACCAAGCCUGUGAGACCGGGAAUCUUUCAGCUGUACGACUUAUCUUAUGUCAGAGGCGGGUGGACAUUAACUGCAGGCAGUCUGGAUCGACACCGGUGAUGCGAGCAGCACGAAUGGGACAUCUGGAGGUGAUGAAGUUACUUGUGAACAAAGGAGCUAAUGUAUCACUUGCUAACACACCCGGUAACAAUAUGCUUCACCUGGCCUGUGUGGAUGGCCCUGUGGAGGUAGUGCAAUAUGUCCUUCCAUUGGACGUGGUGGAUAUAAACAGUAGAGGGUGGAACGAGAGAACGCCACUUAUGAUUGCAGGUAUUACAGGAACGCUAAAAAUAGUUGACGUCCUAGUAAGUAAAGGAGGUGAUGUGUCACUUGUUGACAAAGACAGUAACAACAUCCUUCACCUUGCCUAUGAGAGUGGACAAGAAAAUGUAGCGCUCUAUGUCCUGUCAUUGGGCGUGGUGGACAUAAACAGCAGAGGUUGGAGACAGAAGACACCAGUGAUGCUGGCAGCGGAAGCAGGCUAUAACGAAUUGGUUGAAAGCCUGGUGAGAAAAGGAGCUAAUGUUUCACUCCUGGAUACAGACGGCAACAACGUCCUUCACUUGGCCUGUGCGAUGGGAAAUGUAGAGGUUGUGAGGUAUGUCCUUUCACAGGCCUUAAUAAACAUCGACAGUAGAGGACACGAUGGGAAGACACCAUUGAUGCAGCAGAGGAAAGGCAUAGAGCUUUAG